AUAGUUGAUCCUUCGGAGGCGAUGCAGGCGGGAGUCGGCUGCAAUGAUCAAGCAGACAGCAAAUGCUCUCGACCUGUCAUGCAAUAGUCUAGAACCUGAUAUCCGUCAUAUGGCCACACUACAAUGCCAUAUAACGGAACGCAAUUAAUUAGCACACUGCUUGCUUGGCCAACCAACACCAUCUAUCGCAAUCAAAUUGCCUGCGAGUGGUUACUUUUCCUAAGGAAAUGCUUCGAUCGCCAUUUUCGACACCACGCAAGUCGACUCAGGAAGUCCCCAUACAAGGCGAUGCCAGUGGCUUGAGCCUGAAAUUAAACAUCACCGAGCCAGCCUUAUUCGCCCCGACCAUAUCAGACAAACCAGCAGUUCUCCGUGGUGAAUGCCGAGUGACGGUGAAUGAAGCUGUGACAGUGAAACGACUGACCGUCAACCUGCGCGGUACAAGCCAUAUCGUGUGGCCGCACGGCAUCCGCGAACGCCGUACGGUAAUCGACAACACAUUGAUACUGCUUGGUCCCCAGGCGACAGACCCGGUACUUCCGUGCUACCUUGACUCAAUCCAGAAGACAUCGUCAUACCGACAGGCGCACAAAGGGACCACAUUAUGGAAUGCGAUCUCGGCUAGAGUGGGAUCGAGCGGGCGUGAAGAGCAGGACACAGGGUCUAAACAUCAGCGACUGACACCCGGGACCCACACAUACAAAUUCGAGAUGGUCCUGCGCUCCCAUCUGCCUGAAUCUAUUCAAGUCCGGCAGAGCGAGGUCCGGUACCGGAUCCGAGCCUCUAUCGAACGAACGGGCCUCUUAAAUCGCCCCUUCUCCUGCAGCAAACCCAUUACCGUCGUUCAUUGUCCCGCAGAAGAUUUUGUGGAUGAUGCCGAACCGAUCUAUACCGCUCGCGCUUGGAAACAUCUCUUACACUCUGAGAUUCUAGUCUCGAAGCGAGGAGUACCUCUUGGGGAUCUCAUACCUGUCACCGUGUCAUACACAGAACUGGGCCACGCCAAGUUCCGUGGACUGCGAAUAUUUGUCUCGGAAGAUGUGCAGUACCACCAGCGGGAUGGUCUAACUUGCUGCAGUGGCCCUUUCAAACGAAGUCUAGUUUACGAAAACAUGGCAGGACCGGUGUCAACGACAGCGCUAAGACGAGCCGACACGGACGAGCACCCGGCAUACAUUGAGAAGGAAGAUUAUAUCACCGCCAAGACGGUCGGGGAUGCCGAGGCACGAAGCCGAUCGCUGCAUGAUGGCGACACGGAACACACCGAACUCAGUCUCCAACUUCCAAUUCCCGUUUGUCAUCUCCAUUCCGAUCCAGCAAGGCCACAAGGCAUGCAUUUUGACACUCGGUACAAAAACGUUCGAAUCAUCCACUGGCUUGAGUUUGCCUUCCUGAUGGCCAAGCCCGACAAACUGAACCCGAACAAUGAGCGCAUUGUGCAGAAAGUUGCCCACGUCCCAUUGGCACUGCGCUCUUGUUACGCCCAGCAAGCCAAUGCUGCGCUGCCGGCAUACUCCUAAGACGGUUGGGUUGCAGCCAAUAGUUCGAUCGGGAAAGUUUCGGAAUGACUCCUGGUUGGACUGCUGCAAGAAGUCUCCAGUCGUGUUGAAGCUUACUCGUGGCCGUGGCCUGCAUCACAGCACCUGGGCAUGAAGGCCCGUGGGCGUAUGGGAAGUGGAGCCCGUAAAGGAGAAGUGGAUACUCAACCAUCUUUAGAUCGUGACAGGGUCCCUCAAACUUGGCUUUCUCUG